CGAGUGAGGAAGAAGCCGGAAGCAGGCGCUAAAAAGCUGCGGGCGGGGCUGCCGCUGCCUCAUUUGGGCAGCUGCUUGAGGCGUUGCGGGUGGUUGGUCUGAGGAGGCGGUGUUCUUGGGCGCCCUGUAGCCGUGGUGUGUGUUGUGGCGGGUCGAGGGGCAGGGGGAGGAGGUGCACCAUGGGCUGCUUCUUCUCCAAGCGGAGGAAACACGCCAAAGACCCGCAGCCGCCCAGCGCGGAGAGCAAAAACCAAGACGCCUCUGGGGCCGAGAAACAGCCGCAGUACAGUUGGGACCAGCGAGCCAAGAUUGAUCCUAAAGACUACAUGUUUUCUGGACUAAAGGAUGAAACAGUAGGACGUUUACCUGGAAAAGUUUCAGGGCAACAGUUUGUUAUUCAGGACUGUGAAAACUGCAAUAUCUAUAUCUUUGACCAUUCUGCUACAAUAACUAUUGAUGAUUGUACAGGCUGCCAAAUAUUUUUAGGACCGAUAAAAGGCAGCGUAUUUUUCCGUGACUGCAAAGACUGUAAAUGUGUAGUGGCUUGCCAACAGUUUCGUUCCCGAGACUGCAGAAAGAUGGACGUGUUUCUGUGCUGUGCUACCCAGCCCAUUAUUGAAUCCUCUACAGGUAUGAAAUUUGGGUGUUUUCAGUACUACUAUCCAGAGUUGGCUUUGCAGAUGAAAGAUGCUGGGUUGAGCAUUUUCAACAAUACAUGGAGCAAUAUUCAUGACUUCACACCAGUCUCAGGAGAAAACAAUUGGAGUCUUCUACCUGAGGGUGCCAAAGUUGAGGACUAUGUAUCUCUGCCAGCUGCUGAAGAACUGAAAGCAGUCAGGAUUUCAACUGAUGCCAACAGGAGCAUCAUUCCAAUCACACAGGGCAGACGUCAAAAGUGCAGCGAGGAAUCGUGCUUGGCAGUAUUCUUUGCAGGGGAUUACACAACUGCAAAUGCUAGGAAGCUAAUUGAUGAGAUGACUGGCAAAGGCUUUUGGUUGGUACAGACUAAAGAAGUUUCAAUGAAAGCUGAUGAUGCUGUACGAGUGUUCCAGCAAAGAGCAUCUGAAUUUAUCCCUCUACUUGAAAAAGGACCUGUUGUUGCACUGGAAUUCAGUGGAGAUGGUUCUGUAGCAGCUUGCCAAGACAUUGUUGUUAAUGUAUUCAGUGGAGCCAAGAUUUUUGUAUCGGAGGACAAGGCAUCUGCUUCCAGAGAAGUAGACGGCUUCUAUAACUUUGCUGAUAUGCAGAUGGGAAUGUGAAGUGUAUGUUACUGAUGGCUAACCACCUUGACAACUGAUGUGUUAGGUUUGUAUAGCACUCUGCACGGAGAGUCAAACAAAUUCUAGGAAAAAGACUUUCAUCCUGCCUUUAAACAAAAUAAAUAAAACUGAAUGCAUCCCAGAAAUGCCACCUUACAUUAUAAAUACUUUCUGCAAGAUCUUUUUAUAAAAUGAAAUUGUGUAACUUUAAUCCUGAUCUGAUUAUUUCUAAUUCUUUUAUGCACAUGUUUGAAUGUUAUAAGCAAAAUUUCUAUCAAUAAUAAUCUGAUAGGUUUAUAGAAGUUAGUUGGCUGUAACAGAUUUGCAAUUAAAACUUUAUCUUUGGGCAUAAAUCUACCUUUUGUAGGCAGCAUGCUUUACAAAAUAUGGGUGCAUUGCUAAGGUCUUAAUAUCAGUGGGCAAGUAUAAGCAUUUAAUUCUCCCAAUGUGAUUUUAAAGUGCUUAACUUUGGCUGUGAAAGAAGCCAGUUACCUAAACAAUUAGCUCUCAAGUCCUGGCUUUUAGGAUCCAGUUGCUUUGGCUAAACUACACAAGGACUGUACAAAAGCUCAGAUUUGGGAUUUGCAGAGGCAUGUGGGGUAGUGCUUCCAACGUGAAGUCUUGCAGCUCUUGCUGCUUUGGAUAUUGCAUCAGGACAAGUCAAAGGAUAUAUUUUGACACUUGAAGGUAGUGGGCUUGCAGAAGCACAAGAGAUUUGUGCUUAUGAUUCCUGCUUGAUGUCCAAUCCAAAAUGGAAGGUUGCAAAUCCUGCCUUUUGAUCUGCCCUCAGAACUUAGGAAGUACUGACUUCAUUCUAAUUUUGUGUCAUCUGUAAACUUUGACACACCUCCACAAUCUGGAAUAGGGAAGUAAGAAGAAUCUGCAGGACUUUCAGCUGGUUUGGAAUGUCAAAAUGAAGAUUACAAUAAUUAAAAGGGUUAACAGAAUCAGUCUUGCCAUAUUAUGAGUAUAGUAAUUAAUGCAAUUGAGUACAAACCAUAUUUCUUCAGCCAUGCUGAACCAUGCUUUGAGAAGAAAGUGUGCUAUGAGCAAACCAAGUAGACAUGAUGUGUAUAUAUAGGACUGAGGUCUAAAAAUUGUUUUGAGUUUUUUAAAGCAAAUUGAUGUUGCUUUGCUAACUUAAUUUCUGUAAUCACUGUGUGUAAAUAUGUGCUAUAUGUAAGGGUUUCUCUCCUAUAUUAGCACUUUAUGCUGACUAAAGCCUACAGAAUAUUUAGCUGAGACUUUGGCAGGAAACAAAAGUUUAGAGGAAGUCCUGUGUAGGGAGAGAACACAGUAAACCAAAUGGGUAACUACUUCAUCAAAAUCAGUCAACUUUUUAUAAUGUUUCCUGAUUUUUUUUAUACUGUCAACAUUGAAGGAUUCUAUGUAGUUUCUGAAUACCUUUGUGAAUUAUUGCUAAUCCAAUAAUACCUCUUAUUCUUUACAAUGUAAAACAGUUAUUUCAUUGGUAUCUAUUGUAUUACAGUAAGUGCUUUAUUGGGGUUUUAUAUGUUUGUUGCUUUUAUAUGCAGCUUGACUAGCGCUUGUGAACUGUGAUUUAUAAUAAAUAUUUAAAUGAAA